GAGAUGAAGAAGCUUCGGUCAGGUCCCAAAAGUGGAAGCAACUUCAAUAUUAGAAGAAGGAAGCUUAAUAUUGGUGCCUCUCUUCAUGUACUUCCUAGUAGACUUGAACUCCAGAAAGCAUUUGGAGAUAGUACUCAUGAGGGUAGUAAACCUAAGAAGACAGGCCUCAAGCUUGCAUAUUCUCAAGUCAAUCCUAGCUGUAGUAUGGACAAACCGAGGUCUGUUAAAGUCAAACCAAAAAGAAAGAGCAAACAUGGAUAUACUAAAAUGAGUAUUCCAAAUGUCCCCAAGAAUUAUAGCACUAUUUUUGAGAAUUCGAGACCAAAGAAGACUCAGAGCAUCAGCCGAUUUCCACAUUUAACUAUCUCCCCUACCAAGAAACCACAAGAGUUCUCUCAGUCUUCUCAGUCAAGAAAGAAUGGGUCGCUUCAUAACUCUCUAAAAUAAUAAGCAAUCAAGAGGGUUUAAACAUGAAAAUCUCACUCUGUCUGAAGCUGGGUUAUCACCUGAAACUCAACCCUUGAGGUCUAUAAACCUAGCUUUCCAUUCGAGUUACCCUUCAGCAAAUAGCACUCUAUCUAAGCUUCAGAAUAAGACUUGUUCGAAAAAGUCUUUAAAACAAAAGAUUGACUCUAGCUUCCUUAACAAAGCUUUAGACAGUCCUAGCCAUAGUUCAAAAGUAUUCGGAAGUCCUGCAAACUUAAUAAACACUCAAAAUAUCAAGAAUAUCAACCAAAUCAAUAAUCUAAAUAUGAUAAAAGUAAUUAUAUCGGAUGAUCGAUGAUAUGACAGUCUCUCAGCAUCUAACACCUCUAAGAACUCAAUAUCUCACGAGAGCAGGUCUUAUUUUUCAAAACCAGGGUAAAAAUAGCAAGAAAAGAUCUCAAUUCUCAAAAAUCGUAAAGAACCCUUC